CGCACUGCAAGGAAGGGGAAGCUUCAGCGCUGUCAGGCCUGCCAUGUGCCAUCACCAACAGUGACCGGUCGUUCAGCGUGUUAUCGAUAAGGACUUAUCCACCGCCCCACUGCCUGAUCAGGGACAGGCUUGCAUCAUAACUUCAGCCCUGAAGGCUUGCAGACUGCAGGCGAUGUUGAACUGCCUGUGACAAUUUGACCGUGUUUCCAUCCUCGCCCUCCCAUCUCAACAACCACAACAACUUUUAGUUUCCACAUCUACACUUUCAACUCUUAUUCCCGACGUCAUCGAAUACAACUCUGUUUCAUAACCCAAUCCAAGACCGCGAACCAUGGCAUCCAUUGGUCCCCAACUCCCUCCCCAUCUUCAAAAGCGCAAACGCGACGACGAAGACGAAGAGUCGUCUUCUCCUCCGACCAAGAUAUCGCGACCAGACAACCGCGACGAAAUUCCACUCGAAGGCGACGACUCCGGCGAUGACUUCGGGCCCAGCGCGCCCAAUCCCAAUCCCUCGCACAUUUCAUCCAGCAUUGGUCCAUCUGCGCCACCGCGACCAUCAAUAGGCCCCACCGCUCCCACAUCUUCCGCCUCUGCUCCCAAGCGUAUCUACGGCCCCGCCCCUCCACCCGCCGACCUCUCCGAACGUCCCACCACGGAUCCCAACUCUGACUCUGACUCCGACUCAGACGACGGCUACGGCCCCGCCCUCCCCGGCACACGACCAGCGGCAGCUGCCAACUCCUCGAAUCGUGGUCCCUCCUUCCCUUCCUUCCAACAGCAACAACAACACCAAGCCGAAGAACCACAAGCCCCCAAGCGCGACGACUGGAUGGUCGCCCCACCCACCAACAGCAGCUACCGCGCCCCGGACCCAACAAAGCUCAAGUCGCGCAAGUUCGCCAGCGGGCGCUCGGCUGCGACCGGCGAGAAGUCCGGAGGAGGAGUCAGCAGCAUAUGGACGGAGACGCCCGAAGAAAAAAUCAAGCGGUUGGCGGCGGCGGUGUUGGGUCGGGAAGAUCCUUCGUCUUCUUCGCACUCCUCCGCUACCGCCGCCUCUGCCUCUGUCUCAAAAACUAGUAGACCAAAAAACCUAGACGAAGAAAGAGUCCGUUCCUACACUGAACAAACGCGGGGACGGAGUCUGGUGGAGGAGCACCAGGCUGCCAUUGCGGCGGGGAAGAAGAAACUGACUUCCGCAAGCUCUUCUUCUGCGUCGAAGUCCGGCCGGCCGGGGGAUAAGUAUGGUAAGCAGGAUGUUGAUGAUGAAGAUGACCCGAGUAAGCGGGCGUUUGAUCGGGAGAAGGAUAUGGCGGUUGGAGGAAGGAUUAGCCAUACGCAGAGGAAGGAUCUGUUGAAUCGGGCGGCCAACUUUGGGGAUAGGUUUCAGUCGGGGAAAUUUCUUUGAAGGAAACCUCAUACCGCUGGACUUAGGUUGGCGGGGGGGUGUCAACGGUCGAGUUGACAGGCUACUCUUGAUGUGCCUCUCGGUGAUACCGAGAUGCGUAUGAUACUUGGGGUUUGCCUCACUGUGAUUUUAUGAGAGAAACCACUUGGGACUCCGUAUGAGGCGUCGACUUUCCAUAAAUCAUGAUAUAUCACAAACA